AUGUCCGGCUGUGUCAGGGGUCAAAGUUUGGUUGAGCAAGUUCACUUAUGGUUCAUAGAAUACCGCAACAACGGAAGUUACACCUACCGCCACUCAUGGGACGGCUGCAUCUCUGCUUUAUCACCUUUACGAUUCAUCUUCAAACGAUGGGCAGGGGAAGAACACUGUGGUGAAUCUAUUGAGAAUUUCCACUUCAGACUUGAGAAUCCUACUGUCGGGCGUACUCUGACAGGCGACGAAUCCAGUAGAGAUCUUGAUGUUCAUUCGGGUACUAGGAUCUAUAUUGCCAGAGUCGCCGGAGAUGCAGAAUAA